AUGUCUUCCCGCUCCCCAUCUAAGCCGGCCCGCCAGAGCCGUAGCCGCCGCCGCCAGCAACCCCAGGCGGACACCCAAGACGAGUACUCUGAGAACUACGACGACGACUCCAUGGAGGAGGAAGAGGAGGAGGAGGCUCCCCCGCCGCCCCGCCGCCGCACCAAGCAGAGAGGCAAGAAGCAAGGCGGCGGUGGCCCCUUGGACGGCCUCACUGGCGGUAACGAAAUGCUGCCCGUCGGCCAGGUCGGCCAGCAGGCUGGAGACCUCGUCAACGGCGCCCAGGGGACGCUAAGCAACGUCGCCGGAGGCGUGUUGGGCGGCAAGAAGGACGACGGUGGUGGCAAGAGCGACACACUGAAGUUGAGAUUAGAUCUCAACCUGGAGGUGGAGGUCACGCUAAAGGCGAGAAUCCACGGUGACUUGACAUUGGCUUUGCUGUGA